UUUACGCUGCCGCUUUGCCCAUCGUGGAGAAUUGCCCAGCAUCUCCUGACGGGGUGCAGCCUAACGCAGAGCAAAAUGCACUGAAAUAGACCAUUUGUAUUUUCUCUCCGUUGGCAAUGAAAGAGAAGGUCUGGGACAAUGUAGCUGUCGCCGUGAGCCGUGCCGGAAUACGGGCCAUUAUUCUGAGAGAAAUGCGGAAUCUUUUUAGCUGGAGCUGUUAGAUAGCUAAUAAAUAUAUAUAUAGAGAGAUAUAUAUUUAUAGAAAAUGAAGAAACAAUUCAACCGAAUGCGACAGCUCGCCAACCAGACUGUUGGCAGGGCAGAAAAAACAGAAGUAUUAAGUGAUGAUCUACUACAGGUGGAGAAGCGUCUGGACUUGGUGAAGCAGGUCUCGCACAGCACACAUAAGAAGCUCACAGCCUGCCUGCAGGGACAGCAAGGGGCCGAUGUGGACAAGAGAUCAGUCAAAUCACCUACGAAAAAGUUGCCCCUGACCACAUUGGCUCAGUGUAUGAUAGAAGGUGCUGCAGUAUUAGGGGACGAUUCUCUGCUAGGUAAGAUGCUGAAGCUAUGUGGGGAUACUGAAGAGAAGCUGGCCCAGGAGCUCAUUGUCUUUGAGCUCCAGAUGGAAAGAGAUGUGGUGGACCCUCUCUAUGUCCUGGCCGAGUACAGCAAAUCCAUUUUACAUACAAAAACACAAUUGUAUGCCCACAUACCACAGAUGGAUGUACCACAGAUCCAGCAAGCAGAGAUUAGGGUGGACAUUCCCAACAUACAGAAACAGCGGAAACAUCUAGCCAAGCUUGUCUUGGACAUGGAUUCGGCACGGACAAGGUGGCAGCAGUCAUGCAAGUCCUCCAGUCACCCCAGCAAUCUAACCCCAGCCGGGGCCAAAGCAGAUGCGCUCCGAGAGGAGAUGGAGGAGACGGCCAAUCGCAUGGAGAUCUGCAGGGACCAGUUGUCAGCAGACAUGUACAACUUUGUGGCCAAAGAAAUAGACUAUGCAAACACCUUUCAGACGCUUAUAGAGAUUCAAGCAGAGUAUCACAAGAAGUCUUUGGAGAUUUUGCAGAGUGUGCUGCCACAGAUCAAAGCUCACCAGGAGGCUUGGAUAGAAAAGCCAUCCUAUGGCAAGCCUUUGGAGGAGCAUCUGACCCUCAGUGGCAGAGACAUAGCUUUUCCCAUUGAGGCGUGUGUCACCAUGCUGCUGGAAUGUGGCAUGCAGGAGGAGGGUUUGUUCCGUGUGGCCCCUUCAGCAUCCAAGUUGAAGAAGCUGAAAGCAUCUCUAGAUUGCGGGGUUCUGGAUGUGCAGGAAUACUCUGCAGAUCCACAUGCUAUAGCAGGAGCUCUGAAGUCAUAUCUCCGUGAACUCCCUGAACCUCUAAUGACCUCUCAGCUCUAUGAUGAUUGGAUUCAGGCUUCAAAUGUUCAAGAUAUGGACAAGAGGCUCCAAGCCCUCCUGGCUGCAUGUGAGAAACUUCCAACAGUCAAUUUAAACAACUUCAGAUACUUGAUUAAAUUCCUAGCCAAGCUCAGUGAGUACCAGGAUGCCAACAAAAUGACACCUGGUAACAUUGCGAUAGUGUUGGGACCCAAUCUGCUGUGGACACAUUCUGAAGCGAACAUGACAGAAAUGAUGACCACAGUAUCUCUGCAAAUCGUUGGUAUCAUUGAGCCUAUCAUCCAGCAUGCCGACUGGUUCUUCCCAGGAGAUAUUGAGUUCAACCUGACAGGCAGCUACGGUAGCCCCAUCCACACCAACCACAACUCCAACUACAGCUCCAUGCCCUCGCCAGACAUGGACCAAUCAGAUCGUAAGCAGUCACACGACCAAGGCCGACGCCCCCUCAGCGUUGCCACUGACAACAUGAUGCUGGAGUUCUACAAAAAGGAUGGCAUUAGGAAAAUACAAAGUAUGGGAGUCAGAGUGAUGGAUACAUCCUGGGUGAAGGGUAAAGGUGCAUCCACGCUUGCUCGAAAAGCCUCGUCCACCCCUCCCAGCGCCCAGCCACCUGGAUCGCCCGCUGACACACUCAUAACUGAGCAGCCUGGAGAGCUGAAUACAUCCCCCAUUCCCACCCCUCCACCAGUAGACAGGGCUAGAACUCAACACACUGUGAUGGUCAGAGCUGAGUUUGGCUGUUUAAAUGGAAAAAUGGUCCUGGACUUGGUGCAGUGCGCAGACACAAGCUCCAACGAGGUGUCACCCCACCGGCCGGACCCCUCUCAUGCCCAUGCGCCCCACGGGGAGGAGCGGCCACCCCCUCCUUACCCUUCCGCAUCCACCACCUCCCACGCCCCUCACCACUUCUAUCCCAAACCCCCUCCCUGUGCACGGCCAGUGGCCCCAGGGCCCGAAUCACAGCCCCCUGACUCCCCACCCUCCCAAUUACGUUGGUCCGGCUAUGGCCCUCCUCAACCCCAGCCACCCCCUUCCUCCUCUUCUUCCUCCUCUUCCUCUUCUUCUCUCGACAUUAACUCCAACCCCAAGCCCAGCUGCCUGCACUUCCCCAAACACGGCCCAGCAUGUGAGCUGCCAGACGUGAACACCUCCCCUCUCUACGUUAAAACACCCCUCAUUUUGACCCGCAACGAGGUGGCCCUCGGAAACCCCCCUAGCCUUCCCACAUCCGGCCCCCCUCCGUGGGCUGCCUGUCCAUGUGCCCGUGAACGAGGACCCCCCAGGCUGCCUAGCACACUGAAGAGCAAGGAGCUCUCACCUGUGAUUGGCCAUAAGGCCGUGCAGGCGGCAGGACAGCCAGUGCCACCUGUUGGCCAGCAAAGCAACAGCCAAUCGCCACACUCAGCUGAGCACAGCCCUCACACCCUGCGCAAAGCAGCCUCGAAGAAGCUGGCCCCUGUGCCACCCAAGGUUCCUUACGGCCAGUCAGGGGCGAUGUCCGACCAGUCCACAGGUCAGCCGUCCCCGGUCAGCCUGUCCCCCACUCCCCCAAGCACCCCGUCCCCGUAUGGCCUGGGCUGUGCCCCAGGGCAUGUGCCCCCCACCUCUCCUGGGCAGGGCCCACUAGGCACGUCCCACUCUCUCCUUUCCUCUCCCCCAUCUCUGACUGGCACGCUCAACAAGUCGCGGCCUGCCCCCAAACCGCGACAGAGACCAAGUCUGCCCCCUCCACAGCCACCCACUAUCCCCCCCAGUGUCCCCCAGCCAAUGGAACAGGGCCUGAUGGACGGAUUGUCCCCCGGGGAGAGCAUGUCCACAGGUAAACAUGUCUCAGUGACAACCGCAAGAGCGGGAGGACAGCAUCCCUCUUUCAAACUGUCUGUCUCGCCAUCCUAUGCAGGCGAUGGACUUUGAAAAGCCAUGGUUCCCUAAAAAUGUGAAGUUUUUUCGCUGUAUUUUGUUUUCAUGUUUCCUGAGCAUGAGGUGCUUUUAGGUUGAGUUGCCUUUAAUUAUUUUAAGACCAGUAUUUUGUUAUUGAUUUGUCAUGUUCAGGAUGAUAUAAAGCACUUGAAUAAGGAGUAUAAAGGGAUUGUGUUCAGAAUACCGGAUCUACAGUAUACACCCUAACUAUAAAGUUCAGUAGAUUUCUUGGUAAUCUCCACAAUACUCAGACUUUGUUUCUAAGUAAGGCUUGUGCUCUGUGUAUGGUACUAGUGGUCAGCUGUGUGGGCACUGACUGUAUGUUCUCUCAUUUGAGUCUCUGGUUUGUCUUGUCGGUCAUUCUCCUGAUCGCUCUGAUUGAUGUAUGACUCUUUUGUCCCCUGCCAUUGUUAUGCACCUUGCAGCUGUGUGAGGCCAGGCACUGAGUGUGGGCUAAAUGUGAGGGGGACGUUUAGGGUAAGCCCAAAAACCUGCUGCGCAGCUGCGCCCCACGCCGUAGCCUCAUCUCACACCGUCGGGCCUGGUGCUGUGGCUGAGUCUGGGGGCUCCUGCAGCCGUGUUCCCUCUGUACAUUAUGCUCUUGUCAACUGGCUCUCUCAUCCUCACACUUUACUCUCUCUAUCUCUGUCUCUUUUCUCUUUCUUCUUUGAAACUUUCUCUCUGUGGAGCUGUUUGUUGCUGCUUCAUUCUCUCCAUGUAGUCUAUGCAUGGUGUUGGGACUGGGCUGUGCAUGGCUUACGGACCACCAACGUCGUCACUUCUGAAUUCCAUCCUAAUGACCCUGCUCUUGACCCACCCCAAGUUCACCAAACUACUCCCCCAAGAGUCAUUUGGCAGCUUCUCACCACAUAGGUGGGCCCAGGUAAACUCCACCCUCUCUGGGCCGGGCCAGCUGUGGGGUGACUCUGAAAUACUGCUGCUCCACUUGCUGUCCAUGUCCAUCUCAUUCUUACACAGGGGAGGUCAUCACAAUCAGAACCCAGGCCAUACGGUAGCUCCUCAGAGAACUGCAGAUUUGCACGGUUCCCUCGCUUUACACCCAUCCCAUCGUCUCUGUCAAAGCAUUAUGGUUAUUGUGGUGGCUAUCCAUUGAAUGUCAACUGUGAUGAUUCUGAAACAUGUCGAUUAAAUACUCAAUGAUUUAUUAUUAAGCUUUAAAUUAUAGUUAAAUCUAUAUUUGUGAAGGAGAUGACAGCCCUAAAGCAUUCUCCUGAAAUGAAAAGAGUCCUUUUGUUAUUAGUUUAGUAUGACAGAAUCCCUGUGUAGAAUGUUAGGGAACAAACCCUCGUUCCAACCUCCUCCUUUCAACGAAUCAUAUUAAACCAACCCGCGCUAGCUUUCCCUCAAAUGUUGGACCAAAAUCUUAACUUGCUUUCCCUUCUUCUCUCCUUUGUCUUUCUCCAUCAUCCUCACCAUCAUAUUUCUCCUCCACCUGACCAUAAUCGUGUUUGUCCUGCUUGUCUUUAUCACAUGUCUCACCCUCACCACCAUUCCUUGCCACCCAUCAGCAGAUUUCUUCAGUUUGGAAAUCCCCUCCAUCAAUGUCAAUCUGGACAGCCUGCUCGACGAGUUCAGGGUGGGGGUGCCGUGCCGGAGCUCCCUGGCCUUGGCUGACUCUCCGGAGGGGGAACGCAUGAUUGAGGAGGAGUCACAGAGCACCACGCUGUAACCCCAGAGCCCAGCCAGUGGCCUCCUAGCCCUGCCGAGCUCCCCCACCUUCAGCUGAGGUCCAAUGAGCAACCAGGCCUCCAUCAACCUCACCUACCCCACCCUCACCACUGGAGCUGGACCCCCAAACCAACACAAACACAUAUGCCUGCUCUAACCUUUACAUGUAUCAGUGACUAAUCAGAAUAUCACCGCCUCUUCUCACUGAUAACUAGAUACGGUAUGUGAUUACAUCUUCACAAGCUGUGCCAUAGCAAAGACAAGCAAUGGAAGACUAUAAGAAUGUUGCAGAAUUUAUUAUGUUGUGAAGAAUGUGCCACGUUACACAUUUUGGUUUCUCUCUGUUUGACUCUGUUUGUUGUUUCUGCCUUAUUGGAGCCUGCAGAUAAUUUGCAAUACAGAGGGAUUUUGUUGACUCCAAAGGAACAUAAUAUUUCUGUGUUCUGGAAGCAUGAGAUCAAAAUGUCAAAGGGUAGUAUUUGCUCAUAUUCUUUAGUGUCUGAGUUGGUAGCCAGAUUUCAUUUCGUGUAAAUGAAUUGAAGACACAAAGCAUGCAACUUUAUUUUAGUCCAGUUUUACAAUUUUGAGGCCUUGGCUUUCUUUCUCUUGUCUUCUCUCUCUCUCUCUCUCUCUCUCUCUCUCUCUCUCUCUUGCUCUCUCUCUCUCUGUAUCUCUCUCUCUCUUCUCGCCUUCUCUCUAUGUAUGUAUCAGUCUCUCUGACAAACACAUGCCUAUAUACACACCACUGCUUUGGCAUAGACAGUAUCAUGACAAUAUUUCUUAUUAAGUGUCUAAACGUGCACAGAUAAAAAAAAAAAAAAAUCAAGCACAUUAUGAAAAUAUUCUGAGAUGUUUGUAAUACACUAAUAAUCUGUGAAACAAGAAAUCAUAGUAAAUGUUUUGCCUCACGGUCCUAAUACUUGAUAGGACAUGUCAGUGGUACGUAUGUACUCUUCACACUUCUGAUGCCAGCUGUAAAACUGAUUGUUUCUGCUGUAAAGAGAGGUGAAACCAUUAAGACAUAUUUUGUGCCUCCCAUUCUGACUUCGUUAUCAGGACAAGUGUAAUGACAGGUUCCUCUACAGUGUAAAUACAAAGACUGUACAUAUUGAUCUGUAGAUACGUAUUAACGAGAGGACAAAUGUAAAGGCAAAUAUGAAUUAUAUAUUCAUAUGUGUUACAUGCCAUAUUUAUCUUGUAUAGAGAUAAUGUUCUAUGGAAACGGAGUAUUAUUUUGUCCCUGAAUACUUUGUCGCCAGAUUCACACAGAGUAAGCGAGCUCUUGCACUUUUGUAAGCCAUGAACACUAACUGUAAAAACACAAAUGCAGAUAUGUCAGAGGCCUAAGUGGAGUCUAGCCCUAAAUUCUGAACUGCAAAAUUUACAGUAGAACCUUUGUUCUACAUAUUGGUAUUCAUUCGGAUUCUUACAUUUACUGACUUUGCAUUUGGAUUAUGCAGUUCCAUAAAGACACAUAAUAAUGGUGACCAGCAUUGCACAUAUAAAUAGCUUUACUGAAUUAUAAAUAACAAGAACAAGGCAGAUUUUUUACUUUAUACUAAAUGGCAGGAAAACCUGCAGCCCUCUCUGGUACUUGGGUCAUCCUAAGGCACAGAACAGAAAACAAUAUAAGAGCUACCUGAGUGCAACAAGGCAAAAGCAUGUCAUUUGUAGCCGUAUAUUUAGUCAUUUUGUUGGUCGCCAAAACUGUUCUCUUGCCUUUAUUCUCCUCCAUCUGGAUGGCUACUGCCACCUCAGGGGGCCUUUGUUUUCUUAUAUGGACUUCCCUUUUAAAGGUAUCUUUUACAUGUCAGGGUUCAUUUUCAGACUGACAUUAUCAAUAUAAGCAGGCUCUGAUUUAUCAUGAUUCAAUGUAGUUUUCCUGCCUUCACCCUGAAACACUCCAGUCUGAAGCUAUAGCCAAAAGAAAGCUGGACAAUGGGCUAGAAGUGCCAUCUGUUUGUUCGGUAGACUCACAAACCAACAGAUGCUGUAUUUGUCAUGUCUGAAUUGCUUGAAAGCAGGUGGAACACAAAUAGGGCCAGAGAAAGUGCAAUUACACUACAUUCUGUUGUUAACCUCACAGAGAAGUGGCCAUGCUUUUUAAUCUUAUCAAGAGCCUGACACUGAAGCAAUUCCAAAUGUCAUGGCUUUCAUUAUUGUUUUCUUUUACUAAGCAUUAAUGUACUUCAGGGACAAGAGGACUUCUUUGCUGAAAUAUAUGGUAUGCCUCAGUGUGCAUUCUCAAUUACUUCUACUAUGAUGGUUAAUGGUGACUGAGUACUCUUUUAAUAGCUGUAGUGAUUAUACAAUGAUAAUUGCAAGUGCCCUCAUGAUAGAUAUUUAUGUCUUGAAGACAGUGGCGAGUUUUGUGUAUAUUUGAGGGUUUUUACAUUUUUUUUGUGUGUGUGAUGGUUUCUUCAGUGUUUUAUGAAGAGGCAGGUGUGCAUUUGAAACUAUUGAGUGUUGAUUGAAUGUAAUUGAACUUUUACAAUGACCUGCAACAAGGUCAAGGCUUCGUCACUACCUUAUAGCAGCUGCAAUAGACGCAUGGUUUGUUAUUUCAUUUAGGUGACUCUUUGCGUUUAAUCUGCCGCUUUUGCCAGUCACUUUGAAAGCUUGUGUAAAUGUUGGGGGAUUGAGGGAGAGGAUUUUGAUUCGAAUGCACUUGUCUGUAUGUUGGAAUCAUACAGUCCAUAGCACCCGUUCCCAAGGCAAUAUCAUUUUUCUUGGACCUUUUUUUUCCAUGCAGCUGCUAUAAUUGUUCGGAUCGAAUCCACCAAGGGCCACAGGGAAUACAGACAUUUUUACACAAUUGAACCACAAAAUAUGAUUUCAUUUAUCUGCGCUCCUCCUUUAUUAAGGAAUAUAGCUUAUUUGUGAAUUCAGGUGCUGCUGUGCAAGGUUAGGUUCACCACAUUCAUGUUUCACAGGUCCUUAGUUCAGUUAUAAUAUACUUCAGUGAAUUAAAUAAAAAAUUUUAAAAAUAACACAAGAGACAAGAGCCAGACAUGCUUAACAUAUAUAGCCAUUAUAUGUUUGUACCCCCGAAAGCCGUCUGUUGACAUUACAGAAAGUGGAUGUGACAAUGCAAUGCAUGCACUUAGUCUGUUCAGAUAAUUCAUGAUUCCUGUUUCUUCGAUUUCUUUUAAGACUCUUAAAUGUUAUGCGUAAACUGGGGAGAGGGUGAAAAAUAGCAAGUGUGUGAACAGCUGGUUAACGAUGUGUCAUGGAUUUAUGUAUAAGUGCACAGUGUCCAUUGAUGUACAGCCUCUCCCCUGCAAUCACAACUUCUGUACAAACUUUGCCUGUAUGUCACUCCCCUCCCUCCCCCUCCUAUCCCCUCAGCUUAGCAUAUCAGUGGAACAACACAGUGUGUACUGUGAAGCCUACCGCAAUCCUGAUCAGAAUGUCAGAUAUAGAUAUCUAUAUUAAACUCUACAUUUGUAAUA